UCCAGCAGGUGGCAGCACUGCCCACAACAAACCCGGAAAUGUAGUUUCUUGCCAAUCACUUCCGCAUACUGCAAUGUUGCACUUGUGUAGUUGAGGAGUGGUUGUAGUUUAAUCUGUCACUGCUGACACGUCUCUGCUAUGUGCAGCCUUCCACUGCUGACACUUCUCUGCUAUGUGCAACCUUCCACGGCGACUUGUUUCACCUUAACUAGCUAGUUAGCUUCAGCAGCUAAGCCAGCUAGCAGCAGUAGACUGGGAGUUAGCUUAGCCAAAGCCGCGCUAGCUCGGCGCUAACAGGCAGGAAGACAACAACCGCUGAGGAAAAGCCGCACAUCGGACAAAAGUGAGUAAACAAUAAAAUGCAGAGCUCCAGCGUGCCAUCGCUCCCGUCCCGAAAGAGGAAACGAGAUGUCUCCAAUGUAGACAACGAGGUGGCAGCGAAGAUUGGGAAAAUCGCCAGAUGUACUGUGGGCUUGAAGCACCCUGCACCUUUCGCAGAUGAGCUGGUGCCAGCUGAUGCUCAGCCAUACCAGAGAGUCAACAUGGAGGAGGCCAAACGGGGAACACCACCUGACCGGCCAGUGCGAGUGUAUGCAGAUGGAAUCUUUGAUGUUUUCCACUCAGGACACGCCAGGGCUCUGAUGCAGGCAAAAUGUCUCUUCCCCAAUACACACCUCAUAGUUGGAGUGUGCAGCGAUGACCUGACACACAAGUACAAGGGCUUCACAGUCAUGAACGAAGACGAGCGCUACGACGCUGUGUGUCACUGUCGCUACGUGGACGAAGUGGUGCGCAACGCCCCCUGGACGCUGUCGCCAGAGUUUCUGGGCAAACAUCGCAUUGACUUUGUGGCCCAUGAUGACAUCCCUUACUCCUCUGCCGGCAGUGACGACGUCUACAAGCACAUCAAGGAAGCAGGCAUGUUUGCUCCCACCCAGCGGACAGAAGGCAUCUCCACCUCUGACAUCAUCACACGUAUUGUCCGAGACUACGACUUGUACGUCAGGCGCAACCUGCAGAGGGGCUACACAGCCAAGGAGCUCAACGUCAGCUUCAUCAAUGAGAAGAAGUACCACCUGCAGGAGCGUGUGGACAAGGUGAAGAGGAAGGUACGAGACGUUGAGGAGAAGAGCAAAGAGUUUGUCCUCAAGGUGGAGGAGAAGAGCAUUGACCUCAUCCAGAAGUGGGAGGAGAAAUCCAGGGAGUUCAUUGGCAACUUCCUGCAGAUGUUUGGACCUGAGGGAGCGCUGAAGCACAUGCUGAAGGAGGGCAAAGGUCGCAUGCUGCAGGCCAUCAGCCCCCGCCAAAGCCCGAGCAGCAGUCCUGCCCGCGAGGAGCGCUCGCCCUCACCCACCUUCCGUCUGCCCUUCUUUAACAAGACCUCCCCGCCCCACUACAGCGGGGCACGGGGCUACCUGGUCAGCGAGGACGAUGAAGACGAUGACAACUAAAGUAGUACGGCCAGUUCUGAAACUGAGCUGUCAAGUAGCCAUGUUUUCCUCCAGAACCUUCUUUUGUCGACAUUUAGCACUUGGCGUCACAUGACCAUCUUUCCUGUUCUUUUUUGGUGCAGCCCCAAGUCCCGUACGUUCUUUGAGUUCAUGUUGACUCUCAGGUCCUCGUACACUUUGUAGGGUUGGUUUUUAGGAGCGUCUUUCUUUCCGUGCCGAGGAGAGGGUCUUGCACAUGAAACUACAAACUGCGUGUCUAUUUUGGGAAAUGAUAGGAAAGUAAAGGUGAGCGUGUGCAAGAGACUGAUCAUGCAUGAUUGAUUGUGUCAGCUGCAGCCAUCUUUAUGUUGCUGGUGCAAAUAAUGAUCUUAUUUGUGUGCUUGGGACGUGAUGAUCAAAGGACAUGAACGCCUAUUUACAACUCUUAAACUGUGUCUCGCUUUUAAAGAAACAAUGUCACACAUACACUAAUGAACCCCCAGAUGAUGAGCUCUCACUAAUUUGCAUCUCGGUGUUUAAAAGUGCGAGCCCUUUAGCUGAGAACUGUAUUGAAAUGUUCGCUGCAUCACUUUGUGUACUAAGAUCAAUCGUGUUGCAUGUGCAGUAAACACUAAUGUACAUCUGCAGCCUCUCAUAAGAUCCAAUAUUGCAUUAACAUCUUUGUAAGGGCAGCUUUAGCCAAUGGGAAAAAAUAAAGAUGAUAGUCUAAGUCAGGGGUCACCAACCUUUUUGAAAGCAAGAGCUACUUCUUGGGUACUGAUUAAUGCAAAGGGCUACCAGUUUGAUACACACUUAAAUAAAUUGCCAGAAAUAGCCAAUUUGCUCAAUUUACCUUUAACUCUAUGUUAUUAUUAAUAAUUAAUGAUAUUUACACUUAAUUAAUCGGUUUAAAAGAGGAGAAAACACGAAAAAAAUGACAAUUAAUUUUGAAACAUAGUUUAUCUUCAAUUUUGACUCUUUAAAAUUCAAAAUUCAACUGAAAAAAAGAAGACAAAAACUAGCUAAUUCGAAUCUUUUUUGAAAAAAUUAAAAAAAGAAUUUAUGGAACAUCAUUAGUAAUUUUUCCUGAUUAAGAUUAAUUUUAGAAUUUUGAUGACAUGUUUUAAAUAGGUUAAAAUCCAAUCUGCACUUUGUUAGAAUAUAUAACAAAUUGGACCAAGCUAUAUUUCUAACAAAGACAAAUCAUUAUCUCUUCUAGAUUUUCCAGAACAAAUUUUUUUUAAAGAAAUUCAAAAGACUUUGAAAUAAGAUUUAAAUUUGAUUUUACAGAUUUUCUAGAUUUGCCAGAAUAAUUGUUUUGAAUUUUAAUCAUAAUAAGUUUGAAGAAAUAUUUCACAAAUAUUCUUCGUCGAAAAAACAGAAGCUAAAAUGAAGAAUUAAAUUAAAAUGUAUUUAUUAAUCUUUACGAUAAAAACAAUAAAUUUACUUGAACAUUGAUUUAAAUUGUCAGGAAAAAAGAGAAAGGAAUUUAAAAGGUAAAAAGGUAUAUGUGUUUAAAAAUCCUAAAAUCAUUUUUAAGGUUGUAUUUUUUCUCUAAAAUUGUCUUUCUGAAAGUUAUAAGAAUCAAAGUAAAACAUUAAUGAAUUUAUUUAAACAAGUGAAGACCAAGUCUUUAAAAUAUUUUCUUGGAUUUUCAAAUUCUAUUUGAGUUUUGUCUCUCUUAGAAUUAAAAAUGUCAGGCAAAGCGAGACCAGCUUGCUAGUAAAUAAAUAACAUUUAAAAAAUAGAGGCAGCUCACUGGUAAGUGCUGUUAUUUGAGCUAUUUUUAGAACAGGCCAGCGGGCUACUCAUCUGGUCCUUACGGGCUACCUGGUGCCCGCGGGCACCGCGUUGGUGACCCCUGGUCUAAGUCACUUCUUUCUGGAAGCCUAAAACAUGUCAUCUCAGCCUGACUAUUAACAACAACAAUUGUGUAUCAGCCACCAAGUGUAAAUGUUUUAAUAGCAAUUUUAAUCAUCCUUUAUGUCACUCUUUUUGUUUAAAGCCCCACAUGUGUAAGUUGGAAAUAAGAGGAACGUAUUAAAUGUGUUG